AUUGUUCAAUUAUUAUCAACUAAGCCGGCAUAUCUUAUCUGUGGUCGGUUCAAGCUGAAUCAGAUCCUUAUUCUUGCUGAGCAAAUUUCACGUUUAUCGGGUUAAUCAGCCAUGCCCAACUCAAAGUUUAGUGUUGUAAAUCACCUCCCAACAUGAACGUGAUUGUUUGGUGUUUUUGGACCGUUUCUGUGCUUUUAUCGAGCUGCACUCACGCGCUGGAAAACUGCGAGAUAAUCGUCGACAUUACGAAUGGCACAACGAACGGAACGAACAUCGAUUCUAAUAACGCCACAUACACAACAAACGACUAUUUCACAAAUUCCAGUGGAGUGUUUGGUUGCUUGUGCAAUGUGCUCAAUUGUGUCCAGGACUGUUGCGACUCCGGGCAAGUGCUGGAUUUUUCCGGAAGUGUCCUCAAAUGCACCUCAGCCACUUCGCAACGAUACACCAACCUCAAAGGCGCAAUAGUUCACAACAUUAUCCAUGUUCCGGAUAAGUUCGUCUGCUCUGAGCAGGAACAAACGGUUUCUUUGGAGGCCUCAGAGUAUCAACUGGAGCUGCUCGAGCAUGGCUACUUGCAAUGGGAUAUCAACACCUACCAUUAUAGAAAGUACUGCCUUUCUGCGCAGGAAUCGGAGCUGGUUGUUUUGGUUUGUGUGGUUGCUGAUGCCACUGUAUCAGCAAUUAUUUUCUGCAUUGGCAUGAUCAUUUCCAUGCCAUUCCUGCUGAUCACAUUCCUAGUGUAUGCUCUACUGCCCGACCGAAAUCUCCACCAAAGAGCGUUAAUGUUUUAUGUUUUAUCGCUGCUCAUCGCCUACAUUUUAUUAGUUACAAUCAAUCUGGCUCCAAAUAUUCCCACUUGGUUUUGGUGCAAAUUCUUAGGUUAUUCUACGCUGUUCUUUUUCAUGGUGUCGUUUUUCUGGAUGAAUGUGAUUUGCUUCGAUAUUUGGUACACCUUCAGCGGCGGUCGCGGUUUUAUGGGAAGCAAAAGAACUAGCGAAAGAAGAAGGUUGAUUUUUUACAGUCUUUAUGCCAAUGGCGUGCCGCUGCUGAUAGUGGCGUGGACUUAUGGGAUGCAGAUAAGUCUUCCCAAUGAAUGCGAGCAUAAUCCGGGAAUAGGCGUGGCCAAAUGUUUCUUAGCCACAGGUUGGGCAAGUUUAUGGUAUUUCUACCUGGAAGCUGGCAUUGUGGUGAUUGCCAAUAUCACGUUUUUCAUAUUAACCGCCUUGCGAAUCAGGAAAGUGAAACAGGAAACGUCGAUGCUGAAGCACAACGACAGCAAGAGACACACGUACGAAAAAGACAAGCAAAAAUUCAAUCUCUACGUAAAAUUGCUGUUUGCCAUGGGCGUUAACUGGAGCAUGGAAGUGAUCUCUUGGUUGGUAAAUUGGAACACUAAAAGCGAGUACCAGUAUAUCUGGUACGCCACUGACUUUUUCAACGCCGUCUAUGGCGUUUUCAUCUUCUUUAUAUUUGUUUUCAAAAAGAAAAUCUGGACGCUCCUACAAAGACGGUAUUACAACUUCAUUGGCAGGCCCCAUUUGGCUCAUACGGUCACAUCCAGCAACACUCGUUCCAGCCAUUAUUCGUCUACGAAUUAUUCGACUGCUGAUACGGGGCUAUCGGAAAGAGCGACUGCAGUGAACGGACGACAACCGGCUGAAGAAAUGGCUUUAAGACGUGUAACUUAAAUAUCAAGGAUUAAUUUUUUUGUUUUUUUAACGGGGCUUGAAGAUGUAAGUUCUUUAAAAAAAAAAGUCGCAUUAUUCCCGCUAAACUCCUGUUUUGAGUUCGAAGCCAGUCUCACCGAAAAGGAGAACAGCCAGAAGUUUACCUUUAAAAAUAAGUUCCUGGCUAAUUUCCAUAACGUUCCGUUCACUUAAAUCGCUGUACUUAAUUUUCGUUUAUUUUAUAAGUGACUGUAAAUAAUCUAAGAUAGGAAUAGAUGUUUUGCGCCAACACGUACUUAAUCGCGCACAUUUGAAGAAACUGUAAACACGGGCAUCGUCAUCUUUGCACAUGAAAAAUUAAUCAAAAUCACUGGCACGUUUUCAACGUAUAAACCUCUAAAAGUAGCGAUAAUUGACACUGUUUAGAUAAACGAACCCAUAAAUUCUACAUUAACAGCACUUCAUAUUGCAUCUUUACAAACCCCACGAUUUAUCGUAGCUCUCUUCGGAAUAGUUCAUAGAAACUGUAAAUUAAAAUCUCAUUAUCGUUGUUUCUAAUUCUAUCUAAAUUACAAUUUUGAUUAGUGAUGAAAACCUGCACUUUUGGAUUUUUAGGUCGAGAAAUCGUUAAAUAAAAAGGUGUAAUCACGCAUCUUUCAAUAAAAUAUCAGUGUGCAAUGUAAUCAAAUACAGAUUAACUUGAUUGUAUUUAUCGCUUAAUAAAAUAUUUAUAGAUG